GUAGGUGUUCGAUUAAUAUAUUUUCAAGAGCACAUAUGGGUUGAGUUUUUUAAGAAAAAGGAAAGCAAUAUUCCAGCUGCCUCGGUUUGUUAUGGGAAAGGGAAUGGAAGAAGAAGGAACUUAUCACCAGCAACUCAAGUGAACCAUUCAUGCCAUUAUCAAACAAUUUCACUUCGAAUUGUUGCUCGAGAAUCUGAUUCCAUGUUCAAUCAAAAUUAGACUUAAUCUAUUUAGUUGAUACAGCCAUAUUUCUAGGUUUAGGAAACUGACAGAUUAUACGUAACACAUGUUUAAUUGUCUCUAUUAUAAUUAACCACAUCUAAAUGAUCUCAUAUAUAUGCCAGCCUGCCAAAAAGAAAUAUUUAGUAAGUACGUCAUUAAUGAAUCAACAAGCAACAAAAAAUUACAUCACGCAUAACAUGCGAAUUCGGACGAAAUUUAUGUUUGUUGAAAGUCAUAGUGUAUAGUAGCACAAAAUCCCAACAUAAAAUCUGUUCUCUCAUUAAGGGUAUUGAUUGGCUUUAAUUUGGUUUUAGGGUUUAAAACAAACAGAGAGGUCCACACACAAAAUGAAAAUGCUGGUUUAUUUUUUCUGUGCUUCUUAAUCAUUUGUUUAAGUGGAAAGUGAAGUGAGUGAAGAAAGGAGAGGAGAUGAGGGGAUUAGCACUACAGCAGAGCGCUCUCUCCACUAAUCUGUGUUUCUUAGUAUUGAAGGAAAUCUGGCAAAUGGCUACGUGGUUGCACUUCCAUCUGGGCUUUUCUCAUUUAACGGCCCAUUCUCAACGACUUUCUUCUUUGGUUUUGCUCUGAAAUUUUUUUUAGUGAAUGAAAGUGAAACUAAAAAAGUCGGUGGAUGUACGUGGUGUCAAUUUUAGAUGUCUUCAACGAUUAUAAAUCGUGAAACGAAUGGUCCGACGAUCAUCAGACCAAUAGAAUGUCUUGAUACCAAGUGAUGUUAGGGUCGAAACUGAUUUUUGAAGAAGUUGAAUAUUGAAAUUUAUGAUCUAUACUGCCUUUUCCCCAAUUUUUUUCUCCUUGUGAGCCAUUCUACCUCAUCCUUUGACUAGAUGGAAUAUUGUGUAAUUUAACAAGCAACCUAACUAGUUUCACCGAGAAACACUGCUAUCUCUGAUGACGCUUGCAAUACCAAUCCAAUCGCAUGAAAUCCUUUCUAUAGCAGACAAUCAAAAAUGGAUUUUACGAAAAGAAUAAUUUACACGCGAUAGAGCUGACACAACGACAAAAUAUGAAUUGUUCGACAUAAACAAGUAUCAUAUUGUGAUUUGUUCGGCAAUAUUACUAGCAGCAACAACAUGAGCAUUAUCUGUACAAUGUAUGGCUAAGAUAUUAUCAAAGUGGGGAAUUAAUCCAUGAAUUAUUAGAUAAUAAUGGAGCUGUUAGUGUUAAGUAUAUUCUUCAAGAAUAUGGGCAGAUUAGGAAGGUGAGCCACAGUAAUUUGUAGCCCCCAUAGGAUGAAAGAAGAACCAGAACCAGAACCCACACUUUUUGCAGAAUUCAGAUAGGAAUGAGUCAUGCAACUUAGAACAGUGAAUUCAUUCUGUUUGCCACUAUGCUUCUUCACCAUGAAUUAUUAGAUAAUAAUGAAGCUGUUAAUGUUAAGUAUAUUCUUCAAGAAUAUGGGCAGAUUAGGAAGGUGAGCCACAACAAUUUGCAGCCCCCAUAGGAUGAAAGAAGAACCAGAACCAGAACCCACACUUUUUGCAGAAUUCAGAUAGAAAUGAGUCAUGCAACUUAGAAUAGUGAAUUCAUUCUGUUUGCCACUAUGCUUCUUCACCAUUAGAUGCCCUGCUGAAUCAGCUUCAGAUGUGAGAAUAUUGAGGCAAGUUUAUAACAUAACAUGGAGAUAUUUUAUCAGGAAAAAAAGAAGCAGUCAGAAAACAUCAAUAAUACAGUGAAAAGAAGGCUUAAAAAGAAAGAGAAAAUCAAAAGAAAUGCCUCAUCAUCUCCCUUUUACAACAUGCGCAGUAAUUUCCCCCCUCUGUUUUCAUUAGUGGUUUAUUUUUUGGUGGUUAAAUGUUUAUAGUACCAUUCAUACCUAUAGGAUAAAAUACAUGUUCCUAUAAAUCAUUAAAAGUCCAUCGCCAUCACCAAAAGGUUUAUCAAAUCAUCGAAACUGUAUAAAAAAACUCAUAUGAAAUGUUUAUCGUAAUCGAAUUAGUAAUUAGGGUGACAAUAACUAGCGGAAACAUAAGAGCGAUAAGGAGGUCGGGGAAUGAACCAAAAGUAGAGACAAAACUAGUAAUUACUCAUUAGGAUUGGUUGAUAUCGGUACCCAUUAUAGUAAUUUUUUAAAUUAUUUUCUAUUAUCAAAAUAGGGAACCGGUAAACUUGAGAUUGUUCAUUCGGUUUAUGUUUCCUACCAUAUAUUUUUAGGUUCUUUGUUAUCAGUCCAAACAAACAAAUUGAUCAGCCGUUAUUAUUGAUUGGUGUCCCUAUAUAUUCGGAGACUAUCCCAACUUUUAUGACCAUUGAGAAGCUCUUGAUUUGGACCUACAACCCUAUCUACACCCAAACCAAAGUUUCUAGUAAUAUUUUAGAUAAUGAGAAUCAAAUUGAUACCUCAUGUAACCUUAUAUCAUAACAUGGAGUUACCCUUGGUGUGUCACAACUCCCAACACAACAUGCACAAUGUCAAUAAAGCUCAAAUGGAAUGUGGAGAAUAUUUCUCCAAAAAAAGAAUGUGGAGAAUACAAUACCUUCCUAUGAAAAAAAUAAAUUAUUAUAAUUAGAAGUGAAUCAGAUUUCAUUUUAGUUCUCAACUUAGAGAGCAUAAAAAGGAUAUCAUAUGAGAUAUGGUCUCUCUCUCUUUUCUCCUAUAUAUAUCCCACUUCCCACAACUUCAACCUUCCAAGGAAACAACUCAACAAAAAGCAGAGCAACACUACCACUCAACAAAAAGAAAAGAAAACAGGGCAUCCUCUGUUUUCCCCUGUUUCUCCACCUCUGUUCUUCUCCCUUUUCCAAUAUCUACUGCUCUGUUUUUCCCCGGCUACUUCGUUCCAUGCUUUCUGGGAAUCUAUCUCAGGCGCUAGUAGAGUUUUUCUCUGUUCCGUCCCUGAUCGGAGAGAUGGCAGCUACCAUGGUUUCUUUGGCUUACCAAUUUGCUCUCGAGUGAAAGAACACUCCUUUCUGCAACUGCAACCCAUUACCCACAUAAGAGGAGCAAAAAGGUUCUUUUCUUUUUGGUGUUUUGAGCUCCUAGAGUGAAGAUGGAUUCGUUCAACAUCACCCACCUCAAGGCAGUGAAAGCAAAGGCAAUCCGAAAGCACCGGAAGAUCGAGAAGAUCACAAACAUGUUCAGGUUACUGGAAAUCCUGGUGGUUCUGACUGUCGUUUCCAGUUUCUCAGUUCAUCUUCCAAUCGCUGCCAAGAUCUCCAGCGAGUAUUUCAAGGACGCGGCGCUCGCCCUGGCCAGCCCGCGGUUCGUGUUCGUGGUGGGCAACUUGAUAGUAAUAGUCCUCUUCGCCAAGUCCGGUCAGCUUCCGGGACAAGACGGGAAGGAAAAGAGAAGCAAAAAAUCUGAUAUUUAUGAGGAAUUUGUAGAAAUGAGCGGUAAGAUUCCACCACAGCAGCCUUCUUCUGUUGAACAGAGGGCUGAAACAGAGCACAGAAGAAAACAGAGCAAAAGUACAGAGAUUGUGGUCAAGGAACAAGAGGUUCUUUCCCAUGCUACAUCUCUAGGGAUGGUGAAGAGCUACGAGAGGAGUCGAUCGGAGAAGCUUCCUACUACUAAAUCGAUUGUGAUCAAGCCCGAAAAGGAACUGAAGCGAUCCGUGACGGAGAAGUUCGUCGACAAGAAGAAGAAGGGCUCGUUUCCAGAGGAUAAUAUGAGCAGCGAAGAGUUCAAGAGUACUAUUGAGGCCUUCAUUGAGAGGCAGAAGAGGUUCCGAAUAGAUGAAGAGGUCUCUGUAUUUGUGGGGUGAACAAAUAAACCAUACCUUCAUUGAGGCUUGCUUCUAUACAGCUGAAGAACCUAUCAAAUGGUCUGUGCUUUGCUAUCCAAGACCAGACCCGCAAUGUGAAAAAAGAAUAUCGUCGAGACGUCGACUAUAAAUCUUUUGUUUUUGUCCAUUUUAGCUUCCAAGUUUUCUUUGUUAAGUUGAAAGGAAAGUUGGUUUUGGAUACGUGUGGUAAAUGUAUUGGCUUUGCAAAGAGAGACACCUGAUUUAGAUCUCAUUGUCGUCAGCUUAUGAAGAAUAUCACUUAUGUCUUAUGCCAGACCAUCUUCCUCUGUUUAGAAUUUCGAUUCGUCUACUGCCAUGACAUAGCUUACCAUUCUAGUGAUCGAGAUUUACCGUAACUUCUGCGAAAAGGGUUCCUAGCAAAAAUGGAUUAGAUGAACCCAAUAAGGAGUUGUAGAAGUGGGAGAAACUUCACUGGAGAAUGAGACUUUGAAAUAUGCUGGCUGCUGAUGAGAGUGAAAUUCGGAUUCCAAAGGACAGAACUUAGCAUGAUGACUCUGAUAUUCUCAUCUUGAUGGGAUAAAGAGAGAUAUGGCAUGAUGUGGUGGUGGAAUUGUAUUCACAUUCUGCUCCACAAAGAAAGAAAAGAGAUAACAGGGGAAACAGGUAACAAACCCCAUUAUUCAAAGAUUCCGAGAACUGUCCAUUGGCCAAAAGGGUUCAGAAAAAUUGCAGACACAAACAGGGGACCAAAAAAGCAAGAAAGUGGGAAAGAGUGAUACUUUUGGAGUGAAUGAGUGAGAGCAAUCCAAUCCAUGCAGUGUAAGGAAAAGAGCUCUCGUUCGUUCAACCUGGUGCCUAAUCUCAAUCUGAUUCCUGACUCAGCAGUGUCGCCUGAGGCAGAGCCAGUUAGCCAGUGAGACUGACCAGUCAUCAAAAGCUAAGGCAGAGAUGAACCCUCCAAAAAGAAGCCAAGACAUUGGCUGAUGGGCAAAGGGUUCUUUGGAGCUGUGCUUCAUUCGUAGUUUCGAACAUUUUCCUUUUCAGCUUUCGAUACGCAAUGGAGCUUGCCUCCUGCUAAAUUGGAAUGUGAAGGAAUGGAGUCGGUGGUACAGAUUUCAUGUUCUUUGAUGUGCUUCUCUGGCAGAUGUCUCUCGUAGCCGUUGGACAUAUUCUAGCAAGUUGCCCAAGAAUAAUGUGUUUACCAAGAC